AGACUUACUCAACUAAGCAUAUUUUAAGUUACUGAUACUGAAAAAAAUUGUUCAAUUUUGUGCCUAGUAAUUUGUCAUCAUUGAUCUUGAAAGAAUAUACGAUCUUAUUUUCACAAUGUCAGAUGAUAACAAUGGAAACACAGGAGUUGGUGGUGAGGGGGAUAUCUCGUACAAUUCACUUCCUUUUAAAAUGGCUCUACCCAUGGUUGCUGUUGGUACUUUUAUACUCGCAUUAAGCUUUGCCUUCUGCUGUUACCUAGCCCGGUUGCGUAAGCAUCGAAGCAGAAUUAAAGGUUAUAAAAAGGUUAUUUUAAACAAGAAGAAAGAAAACCCAUUAGAAGAUACAAAAAAUGAAACCUGCCCAGUCUGCCUUGAAGAUUUUAAAAAAAAGGAAGUUUUAGCAAUAUGUCCAUGUCAUCACGUUUUCCAUAAAAAAUGCCUAUGUAAGUGGUUAGAAUUACGCCCUACGUGUCCCAUGUGUAUGUCCCAUAUUUCGGUCCAUUACCACAGUCACGCCAGCACCGGUGGUGGCGCUGGAACUUCUUUUACAAUCCCUGCUACAAUGGGUGCACCUGCUGGGUUGUUCCCAAGCCAGGUUUGACUUUAUUUCCUUCAACAUUGCUCUGCACCCAAAACUUUGAGGUUUAUCUCGUACCAAGUGAGAUUACAGGUUGAGUGCUGUGUUAUAUUCUCACUAGUUAACCUGUUUGAGAUGACAGUACCCCCUGUAUUGAAGUUUUUACACAAUGUCUAGCAUUUCUUUCCAAUUGUUCCAUUUCUUUUUCUCGUUUUGUUUUAGUAUCUUCUUACUGAAAGAUUGGUCAUUAUUUUAAUUGCUUUUUGUUUUACCAAGAGUUUGGGCAAGCCAGAAUCUGCAUAACUGUUUUUCUUUAACCAACACCACAUUCUGUAUUUCUUUUUAGAUUUUUUUUAGAAAACAGGAAAAUAGCCGCUGUGUUUUCACAUAGGAGUAUAGGACCCAAUGUGACUUUAUAGUGCUUGUUACAAAACUUUCAAUUUUGCUGCCAUAAACAUGUGUUAUUUUACAAUCUACGCAGAAACUGUUAUCGAAUUUUCUUAUAAUAUUGUAAUUUUUCAUUUACCAAUCACAGGAACAUACUUAAUUCAAAGCAUGUUUUAAAUUUAUUUGGUAUACAGUUCUUAAAAUGGGUUUAAACUACUCGUAAUCAUGCGUAAUAUUUUUCAAAACCACAACAUUGCGUAUUACGUGAUCGCGUUAAUGACAAGUUAAUUCUUGGAUAUUUAUGUGUUUGUUGCGCUUAGGCGACCGUCACUGUAUAAAUUGUUCUUUUGUAUUCACAUCCCUUUUCCCCCUUCCAGUUUCAUUGUUGUCACCAGGAAAGGACGAGACGGGAACAAUUGCUUUUGUCUCUUUCCAGUAUUAUCCUCUCUUUAUAUUUCCCCAGGGCAACGGGCUUGGCUAAUGUUGCACACUCCGGGAAACCGUGUAAUCUGUGCAAAGAUAUAUAUAAACCUUGGCAUGACGCUACCGCAUCAGCGUCUCUGUUUCUUUCUCUUCCUGUUAACAAGAAACAACAUUGUUUUGACGCAUUUUGCUGGCAAUACCAGCUGCUACUUAAUACCGUUAGCUCCCAAUUACGUGUGUUGCCGUUUGCAUACAAUAUAAUUGUAAUGUUUACAUCAUGCAGAGCUCACAAUUAACUGCAUACAACUCUCGACGUGUUUCUACGUUAUCGUGUGCUCGUUACCGGUUGCAUUGAACGUUUCUGUUGAAAAAUAACUGAUAUUUUUGCAACAGUGACUGGGUACAGCUAUACUAUGUAAUCAUUUUUUUUCAUUUACAGUUCCAUGCGAAUUGCAUGCCCAUGUAACACUACCUUUACCGCUUUAAACGUGGUGGACAGCCAUCAUCAGCCAACUGUACAUUGCUCUCCUGACCUUACUAGCUAUCGUUUCACAAUCCGUUUGAAUGUUUAUUGAUUGGAAUAAAUUACCGUUUUUUAUUGUCUUGGUUUGGUUUGAUAUUGUAUCGACAGAAAACGUGUGUGCUGUAGAUUAAAAAUAUUGUUUAUUUUGA